AAAACAAUAAAUCUCGCAUCACUGCUUCUUCUUAUCUUUCAUUUGCUCCUCCACCCUCUCUCUAAAGUCCAAACCUUUUCCCCUAGCUCAAGCUUCUUCUUCUUCUUCCUUUGGUCAUCUCACCCACAAAGAGGAACAUAAAGUCUCCACCUUUUAGUUGAUUUUUAGCGAACCCUAGAGGAUUUUUUUAGGGUUUUCUGGAAUCCAUGGGUUCUUAUUCAGGUGGAUCCUUAGAUGGGUUCGAUUUCACCAGCGAGUUUGAUGAUCUGCCUGCCUCGAACCAAACCGUAGAUUCAUCUGAUGGGUUCUAUCUAGAUGACCCUCUCUUAAAUUUCGCAUCUUUCGAUCAUUAUUCCUCUGCCCCUCCUCCUCAUCCAGAGACAUAUCAUCAUCAUCCACAGAAGAACAACAUAGCUGCUGCUGCUGCAUCAUCAGGAGACCGCUUGUCAUCUCCAUCUGAUGACUCUGAGUUCUCCGACUCUGUUCUCAAGUACAUAAGCCAGGUGCUUAUGGAGGAAGACAUGGAAGAGAAGCCUUGUAUGUUUCAUGACGCUUUGGCUCUUCAAGCCGCUGAGAAAUCUCUCUACGAAGCCCUUGGUGAACACUACCCUUCUUCUACCUCUUCUAUGGAUCUUGGAGCUUACCCUGAGAAACUGAGCCCUGAUGGUUCUUUCCCAAGUGGUGGUGGUGGUUUCAGUGAUUACGCAAGCACCACUACUACCACUUCCUCUGAUUCACACUGGAGCGUUGAUGGUUUGGAGAAUAACAAUAGGCCUUCUUGGUUACAGACACCCAUCCCUAGUAACUUUGUGUUCCAGUCCACUUCUAGAUCCAACAGCGUCACUACUAGUGGUGGUGGUAACAGUGCGGAUGAUUUGGUUUCGAGGAUGUUCAAAGAUAGUGAACUGGCUAUGCAGUUCAAGAGAGGCGUUGAUGAAGCUAGUAAGUUCCUUCCUAAAUCAUCUCAGCUCUUCAUCGACGUCGAUAGCUACGUCCCAAAGAACUCUAGCUCCGAGGAGAAUAAUACUUCUGAAGUUUCUGUUAAGACAGAGAAGAGGGAUGAGGCAGAUCAUCCUCCUCCUCCUCCUUCCAACAGAUUGACUGGAAAGAAAAGUCACUGGCGCGACGAAGACGAAGACUUGGUUGAAGAAAGAAGCAACAAACAAUCCGCUGUCUACGUCGAAGAAACCGAGCUCUCCGAGAUGUUUGAUAAGAUUCUCCUAUGCGGCGGCACAGGUCAACCAGUAUGCAUUACUCACCAGAAGUUUCAAACUGAGUCAAAUGGAGGAGGAGGAGGAGGAGCAAAGGCUCGUGGAAAGAAGUCAACAGGUAACGAUUCCAAGAAAGAAACUGCUGCUGAUCUGAGGACACUCUUGGUCCUAUGCGCACAAGCAGUCUCCGUAGACGACCGCAGGACCGCCAACGAGAUGCUGAGACAGAUACGAGAGCAUUCCUCUCCUCUAGGCAACGUCUCGGAGCGUCUAGCUCACUACUUCGCCAACAGCCUCGAAGCGCGCUUGGCCGGGACCGGCACGCAGAUCUACACCGCUCUGUCUUCCAAAACGUCAGCCGCGGAUAUGCUAAAGGCUUACCAGACGUACAUCUCCGUCUGCCCGUUCAAGAAAGCCGCCAUCAUAUUCGCUAACCACAGCGUCAUGCGUCUCACCGCUGACGCCAAGACCAUCCAUAUCGUGGAUUUCGGGAUCUCUUACGGCUUCCAGUGGCCUGCGUUGAUCCACCGUCUCUCGUUCAGACCCGGUGGUCCUCCUAAGCUGAGGAUCACCGGGAUUGAGCUCCCUCAGCGGGGGUUUAGACCCGCUGAGGGAGUUGACGAGACAGGCCGUCGCUUGGCUCGUUACUGUCAGAGGUACAAGGUUCCGUUUGAGUACAAUGCGAUAGCUCAGAAGUGGGAGACUAUCAGAGUCGAAGACUUGAAGAUCAAGGAAGGAGAGUUUACCGUUGUCAACUCUCUGUUCCGUUUCAAGAACCUUUUGGAUGAGACAGUUGUUGUGAACAGCCCUAGAGACGCGGUGUUGAAGCUGAUAAGGCAAGUUAACCCUAACGUCUUCAUCCAGGCCGUGCUGAGCGGCUCCUACAACGCGCCGUUCUUUGUCACUAGGUUUAGAGAAGCCUUGUUUCAUUACUCGGCGCUGUUUGACAUGUGUGACUCGAAGCUGAGUAGGGAGGACGAGAUGAGGCUGAUGUUUGAGAAGGAGUUCUACGGGAGAGAGAUCAUGAACGUGGUGGCUUGCGAAGGGACGGAGAGAGUGGAGAGGCCUGAGACGUAUAAGCAGUGGCAGGCGAGGGUGAUCAGAGCAGGGUUUAGGCAGCUUCCGGUGGAGAAGGAGCUGAUGCAGAAUCUGAAGGCGAAGAUUGAGAACGGGUAUGAUAAGAAUUUCGAUAUUGAUCAGAAUGGGAACUGGUUGCUUCAGGGUUGGAAAGGUAGGAUCGUGUAUGCUUCGUCUGUUUGGGUUCCUUCUUCUUCUUCUUCUUGAUAGUUGUUUUUUUCUUUCUUGUGUCCUAAGUAAGCUGGGGCUGGAUUGGUGUUGAGAGUUAGGGUUUACUGGUGUUUUAUGCUUGUGACAUAGCGUGUGUGUAAGAGUAUAGCGUAAGAGAGUGUACUCUAUGUUCACACAAUCUUAUGUUCGCAUAAAUAAUGAAAAGCUAACUUUUUAGAAUGUC